CUUGUCUGCCCAACAGGAGGGCUGGGUGGUCAUGACAAGGUCGUGGUCCCUGGCCUACCCACCUUGAGCCUGUCAUCCCUGGUCUGCACCCCCUCCUUCCACUCCAGCAAGAAGCAGGUUUUGGGAUUUGAGAUUGACGCGUUGAACUCCGUCCAGUUUUCAAACCACACAGGCUACCCACACUGGAAAGGUCAAGUGCUGAACUCAAAUGAGCUCCAGGAGCUGUACGAAGGCCUGAAGCUGAAUGCCGUGAACAAGUAUGACUAUGUGCUCACAGGCUACACGAGAGACAAGUCCUUCCUGGCCUCGGUGGUGGACAUCGUGCGGGAGCUGAAGCAGCAGAACUCCAGGCUGGUGUACGUGUGCGACCCGGUGAUGGGGGACAAGUGGAACGGCGAAGGCUCCAUGUACGUUCCGGAGGACCUUCUUCCAGUCUACAAAGAGAAGGUUGUGCCGGUAGCAGACAUCAUAACCCCCAACCAGUUCGAGGCUGAGUUACUUAGUGGCAGAAAGAUCCGCAGUCAAGAAGAAGCAUUAGCGGUGAUGGACAUGCUGCACGCCAUGGGCCCCGCCACGGUGGUCAUCACCAGCUCCGACCUGCCCUCCCCAAGGGGCAGCGACUACCUGAUCGCGCUGGGGAGCCAGAGGAUUCGGAACCCCGACGGCUCUGUGGUGACGGAGCGCAUCCGCAUGGAGAUGCACAAGGUGGACGCGGUGUUCGUGGGCACCGGGGACCUCUUCGCCGCCAUGCUCCUGGCCUGGACGCACAAGCACCCCAACGAUCUCAAGGCGGCCUGUGAGAAGACCUUAUCUGCCAUGCACCACGUUCUGCAGCGGACCAUCACGUGUGCAAAAGCCCAGGCAGAGGGCGGACUGAAGCCCAGCCCGGCGCAGCUGGAGCUGAGGAUGGUCCAGAGCAAGAAAGACAUCGAGAACCCGGAGAUCGUGGUCCAGGCCACGGUGCUGUGAGGGCCGCGCGCCCCGCCUAGCGCACAGCGUCGUGCGUCCAUCGUCAUCCCUGUGAAAACGUAGCGUCUGCCUUAGAGCCGCGACUGAAACUUGAUAUUUCUUUUCUUUCGUGAGUGUCCAGCAUCAACCGGUCUUAAUUGUGAAAACGUGCUGGUCGUGCUUUUUAAAAGUCACGAAGCGAUCACAGAAAUCUGUAAUUCUGGGAACCCGGCUCUCUGUCCCCCAGGGCUCCUGGGCCUCCCGGGAACCCAGCCCCACGGGCACUGCGGCCACCGCACGUCCCAUCCGAGCGGGCGAGGGCCGGGGAGCCCUGGAGUCUGCCCGUCCCUGAGAAAGGGUUGGGUUGUAACCCUCUGCGUCUGGGAGAGUUCUGCCAAAUGUCUCUGUCGUCCUUGUGACCCCAUCCCCUUUGUUCCUGCUUGAGAUGCCGUGGGGGAGGGGGAGGGCUGGGAACGGGGUGAUGCCAGCCGGCUCAGACACGCCCCGGGGGUGAGUGAGCGCUCGUGAGGCUGGGACAGCCUGUGACAUGACCUCUGUGUUCCCUCCGGAGCCUCGCUGGUCUAGGGCACGCUGGGUGAAGUCUGUGUCACCGCCCAUGGCUGGGGACAGAUGCCUCGUGCCACACAGUCGUGCAGAGACAGGUAGAGGGCAUGGGCACCGUUGGCAUAUUUAACCCCACGGGCCAGUUACCCUGUGUGCUCAGUCCUGCCCUCAUGCCCGCCGGAAGCUGGGGUGAACGAGGCCCCCGGAAAGAUGGCUACAGCUCCCGCCCCUCCCCCAGGAGACGGUGUUGGUGCAUCAGAGGAGGAGCCAGGGCAAGGGCCACGGCACAGGCUGUGACACCAGGCCGGUCAUCUACUGCCAGGGCACCUCUGUGACCCCCCUUAAUUUUGAGGACUCCCAGGCAUGGCUCAAGCAGGGGUGCCCACCUCCAUGCCCACCCUGGGGAGAGCAGAGGUUUUCAUCUCCCAGGAGCCCAUUGCCCGGAGGGAGACAGACCCUGCAGCAUGGGGGGAGCAAGGGCAGACCCCCCCACAGAGAGCCCCCCACCCCUGCCCCGUCCCCCAGGCAGGCCCUCUCCUGCAGCCCGCACUUCCCUCUGCGGCAGGGCCAGUGUCCCCCGGACCCAGUGCCACCUCCUGGAUGGGGUGGUGGUCACUCUGUCGCAAACUCCCCAAGACAGAAACACCAGCGUCCAUGCUGUUUUGUCUGCCCGCCUCCUGAGUGUCCGCGCUCAUGCGUUAGUGCCCGGCCGCCCGCACGCAGGCUCGGUGGCUCGCAACUCCCCUCUGCGGCCACGGGUCAAGGGCCUAUCAUCCCCCGUCGCAUUUCCUGGUCCUGAGGGCUAGACUCCGGGGCACAGAGCCUGACCCCGGUGCAGGAGACUCUGGCGGGCAGCCUCCCCAGCAGGGUGAGCAUAGGGACCAGGGUCGCCCUGGGCAGCACCUGUCACUGCCAAACAGAGCUGGGGACAUGGCCACGCCUCUUCGUAAACCUCGAGAGCAAGCGUGAGACCGGGGAAGGAGCCCGAGCGAGUCUCUCCGCAGUGAGAGGGGGGCGUGGACACGGUGCGGGGCGCAGGGGCCGGCUGUGUGCACGGUGGCCUUCGGAACGCUGUGAGCGCCAUCCUCUGUUCUUCAAGUUUCAUUUCAGGGGCUCAGCCUCUGUGUUAUACCCCGUGGACCUCCUGCCAACCACAGACUUCUGACUGCAUCCCGGACGUUCUCACUAGGCUCCUCUGACUGUGAGGCCCCGACCGCUGGGAGGGGUGGGGUUUUGCACCCUCCGCCCCCAGCAGCGGGACCCCUGCGCCCCGAGAGCCCCUCCAGGGUGCGGGGCUCCUGUGGAAACCUGGCCAGCUUCUCCCAGCAAAGCCGCGAGGGUCACGUGCUGCCGCUGAGCCCAGCACCGUGUGGGGCUCCGGGACCCAGGACACGCCGGCCCUGGUUUGUCUGUACUUAGAAUCUCCCACUCAGAGGUCGACUGUGGUCACUGGCAGCAUCUUUUGUUUUUUGUCUUACAUGGGUUGGGUCCAAAUUAGAAUAAAUCUUUGUCUUUACUUUGCAUAGCUUAGCCACCCGCAGAGUAAUAAUCACAUGCUGUAACACGAGAACUGCGUCAGUCCUGGUCGCCUGCUUAUCCGAGUACAGACUUCAGGACAGUUUUUCAAAGCUUCUGUAGACCUUGAGGAUGAAUUACAAACUUCUCUCUUUUUAAAGCCAUUUUCAAAUCAUUGCCAAGUCUUGCUAAAGGAAUCGUGGUAAUCUGCAUUAUUUUUUAAUAUACGUCAGCAAUGGUAAAAAUG